ACCAUAAUCAGAAUUCACCAUGGGAUCCUUAAUCCCAAACUCCAUUUCAAUGCUAGAUACAUCAUGUGGGUACCUUCUUGAAGAAUUACAGAUUAUCUGGGAUGAAAUUGGAGAGGAUCCAUACAUAAGAGAAAAGAUUCUCCUAGAUCUUGAACAAGAUUGCCUACAAGUCUACAGAAGAAAAGUUGACAAUGCAAAUAUCUCAAGAACUAAACUUCAUCAAGAACUGGCUGAAUCAGAAGCCGAGUUCACUCAUCUUCUUCUCAUAUUAGGCGAAAGAUCUCUCCUCCCUGCCAGACCAGAGAAGAUGAAAGGGACUUUGAAGGAGCAAUUGGCAUCCAUAACACCAGCUCUACAUGAAAUGCAGCUUAUAAAAGAAGAAAGACUUAAACAAUUUCAAUCAAUUCAAGCCCAAAUUCUCAAAAUCUCUUCUGAAAUAGCAGGCCGAGCUGAAUCCAAUAUUCCAUCAAUGACAUAUAAGAAUGAUCUUUCAAUUAAGAAAUUGGAAGAAUAUCAAAACCAGCUUCAAAGACUUCUCAAUGACAAGAAUGAUAGACUGGAAAGAGUAGAGAAAUACACAAGAAGAAUCCAAAACAUAUCUGCAAUAAUGGGACUUGAUUCAUCAAUCAUCAUAACAAAGGUUCAUCAUACCUUAAACGAAGUAUCCGGGCUUUCGAAGAACAUAAGUGAUGAUAUUCUAGCUAAACUGGACUCAACAUUACUCUCUUUGGAAGAAGAAAAGCAUGCAAGGCUUCACAAGCUGAAUCAUUUGGGUAAAACAUUGACAAAUCUAUGGGAACUUAUGAACACACCAUUUGAAGACCGUUUAUCUUCUGAAAUUUCUAAUCCUGGAAGCCUCACACUCGAAAGAAUUCAAAAGGCUGAGGCAGAAGUAAAGAGAUUGGAUCAACAAAAAGCAAGUAAAAUGAAAGAUCUUUUCAUCAAGAAAAAAACAGAACUUAAGGAGAUUUGCAAAAGAUCCCAUAUGGAAAUACCUUCAAGAUCAGAGAUAGAUAACAUAGUCAAUCUAAUCAACUCAGGGGUGAUUGAUCAUGAGGAUCUGCUCACAAGUAUGGAUAACCAGAUAGCUCGAGCGAAAGAAGAAGCUUUUAGCAGACAAGUGAUAAUGGAGAAGGUCGAAAAAUGGAUGACAGCUCGAGAAGAGGAAAGAUGGUUGGAAGAAUACAAUAGGGAUGAUAACCGUUAUUCAGUAAAAAGAGGUUCUCACAAAAAUUUGAGACGCGCAGAACUUGGUCGAAUAAUGGUGAACAAAAUCCCAAGUUUAGUUGAGUCACUGAUAGAGAAGACAAAAUAUUGGGAAGAAGAAAGAAACGAAGUGUUCUUAUAUGAUGAGGUACCUUUGUUGGAAAUGUUGGAAGAGUACAAUUUGACAAGAUAUGAGAAAGAAGAGGAGAUGCAAAAAAAACAAAGGGAAAAGAAGAACAAAUUACAAAUCAUUCGAAAAGUGGAUGGAUCCUCGGAGCAAGAAUCCACUUUGAGCCCGAGCAAUAGUGGUCGACGACAUUCAAACAUAAGUUUGAAUGGAGGUUUAGUUAGAAGAUUUUCAAUGGGCAUAGAAAAGAAGUUUGGAUCCAAAAAUAGCAUCAUUUCAAACAAAAUGGUGAAUCCUUAAACUGGUGUGUCACACUUUUAUGUUUUUUAUGAUAUUUAGAGAAGUAGAACAGUUGUAUUAAUGUUGUUAAUUAUAUGAAAAACAAAUUUUGUGUUAUGAAAACAAUGGAAUGGAUUUGUAUGCUUCUU